AUGCGCAUAAAAAGCGCGCGCGACGGAGCGCGGACUCCAACUCCCGUGAACCCCCGCGCGGCGGGCCGGGGGGCGGGCCCCGCGCUGAUUGGACGCCGCGGGGCGGUGCCGCGCGCUGAUUGGCUGCCGCGCCGAGGUUUGAACGGGCGCGCGGCGGGCUCCGCCCUCUGGCGGCCGGCGGCGGAGCAGCAGCGCAGCGUGAGCGGGGGGGGCGCGGCCCGCGGGGAUUUGGGCCCCGCCUCACAUCACAGCCCCUCGGGAGAAGCCCCCAGGAUGGACGAGAAGGACGAGAAGGAUGGGAAGGACGGAACCACGGACGGCUGGGCCGGCAUCGAGGAGCGCCUGGAGAAGAUCCGGGAAAGCCUCGGCAGCCGCUCGGCCCCGCGCUCCCGCCGCGUCCAGCUGUGCGACCGCGCCCUUCGCUCCUGCGUGGCCGAGCUGGCCCGGCCCGGGGGGCUACCGGCCCACGGCGCCCAGCUGCUGACCCUGGCCCAGGAGGCCACCAACACCUACCUGAGCCUGGUCCCCGACCCCCCUCACCUGUACCUGGAGAAAAUCCUGUUCCACGUGCUGCGCAACGCCGCGGGAUGGGCCGGCAUCCGCACCUGGAGCGCGGCCGAGCUGCUGCGGGAGCGGCUGCGGCGCUGCCGCCACCGCGACGCCGACUGGGCCUGGGUGACCCGCGGCGCUUUCGGGCUGCUGUGGCGAGCGGCGGCCGAGCUGGCCGGGCCCGAGAGGCCUCGAGAGGAGGGCAGGGCGGUGCUGAGCGCCCGGCUGCGCUCCCUGCGCUUCCUGCUGCUCUUGGAAUCGGAGCCGCCGCAACGCUCGGCUCGGGAAUCUUUCCGCCCGCCGUUCUUCGCCUCGUGCACCGCCCAGCACGCCGCCGCCGCCGCCGCGCUCUACGAGGCCCAGAGGGCUCCGUGCCCGGUUUUCCUGGCCAGGCAGCUGCGGGAAUGGCUGCUGGAAGCGCUGCGGGACGAGGCUCCGCGGCCUCCGGAUCUCGGGAAUUCCCUGUGCUGCCUGGAGCUCACCCUGGAGUGCUGCCGCCGCCUCUGCAAAGCCCGGCGGCACCGCGAGGCUCUGGACGCGCUGGGGGAUUCCAGAGGGUUUUUGGGAGCUGGGAAUUCUCUGGGAGCCCCUCUGGAGCUGCUGGAGGCCGGGAUCCAGCUCAGCUGGGCGCUGCUCAAAGGCGGGGCCGGAGUCCGAGCCGCGGGGUCGGCGUUGUGCCGGGCGGGAGCGGCGCUGGCGGCGGAACCUUCCGGAAGGAUUCUCCGGGUGCUGCUGGAGUGCUCCCAGUUUGUGCUGGCGCAGCUCGGGGAGGCGCUCAGGAAGAGCCAGGAGCUGCCCCUCGGCCUCCAGGAGCUUCCCGGGAUUUGUGCCUUCUCCCAGGGCCACGGGCGGGCGCUGCGGCAGCUGCUGGCCCAGGUCCCUCCCGACUCCGUCCAGGAGCAGGUGAUGGUGAAGCAGCUGCUGUUCCACAGCCUCCAGCUCUUCUCCAACGCCAUCCACGAAAUAUUCCAGCGCUCCCAGCCCUCGGGGUGGCCGGAGCUGCCGCAGGUGACCGGGAGCUGUGUCCGGAGCGUCACCUGGAUGCUGGAGGGGCUGGAGGGGCUGCCCGAGGCCGAGAGCGGCAAAUUCCUCGAUGUCACCGCCACGGCCACCUUCCGCCUGGGCCAGGCCUUCCUGAGCCGGAACGUUCCGGAAGCGGCCGGAGCCGUGUGCGAGCCCUUCUGCCGGGCAGUGCUGACCGGCCACGGCUACGGCCGGCCCGGAGUCACCCCCGAGCGGCUCCACAGGUGUUUCCGGCUGUGGGUGGAGAGCUGGCGCUGCCGGCAGCGGGAGCGGCGGGCGCUGGACGCCGUGGCCCAGUGGCUGCUGGCCCUGGGGACACAUUCCCAGCACGGACAGGUAAUUCCCGGGAUCUGGGACAUUCCCGGGGACUGGACCCUGCGGGAUGCCCUGGAUUCCCAUUCCCAUUCCCGGCUCCUGCCCGGGGCCGCCGUGCCGGGGCUGCUGCUGGCCGAGCUCCGCGCCUACAAAUCCCUGCGGAGCCCCACGGCCGCCGAGCGCUACGGGGUGAUCUGCGACCUGCUGGGCCCCGGCCGGCCCGCGGGAACGGGGGAUCCCGAGGGAACGGUGGAUCCCGGCCGGAGCCUGCCCAGGGCGGUGGCGCUGCUGGAGCUGGCGCAGCUGCUCUGCAGCCACAGCUUCGCCCCCCACACUGACUGCUCCGCCCUGGACGCCAUCCAGGAGGCCCUGAGGCUGCUGGAGUCGCUGGCCCAGAAUUCCCAAACCCAGAAUUCCCAAAUCCGGGAUCAGCUCCUGGACGAGCGCGCCCAGGCCCUGCUCUGGCUCCACAUCUGCACCCUGGAGGCCCUCGUGGAAAAGAGCGUGGCUCGGGAGCGGCGCGGGCGGCGCGGGAACGCGGAGCUGCCGGAUGGAUCCGAGGGGAGCGCGGGAGAGCGGCCGGAGCCGCGGGAUGGGAUCCGCUGCAGCCUCAGCUCCGACAGCGCUCUCUCCAAACCCUUGGACGAAGCCGUUUCCCUGUGGGAGCAGCUGCUGGAGAAUCCCGGGAUUCCGGCGCUGCGCAGCCCGGAGCAGAGCGUCGGCUCCCUGCAGCUGCUGGCCGCGCUCUUCCGCAUCCAGGGAAAGCCCCUGCAGGCCCUGCGGAGUUUGCGGCUGCUCCGAUCCCUGUGCCGGAGGUUCGGGGAUGGAGCGGGAGCGGCCGAGGCCCUGAGCCAGCUGUGCCGGAUCCUGCUGCAGCUGGAAUGUCCUGGCCACGCCCAGGUUUUCCUGGAAGAGCUGGAAUCGUGCCUGGAGGAGGAGGAAGGCAGCGACGAUUCCCGGCUGCUCCUGCGCCAUUCCCGGCUCCUGCUGCGCAGCCAUCUCUGCUGCCUCCAGAACCAGGUGCCCGAGGCCGUCUCCCUGCUGCUCCAGGCCCUGCAGGAUCCCGGCUCCGGCCGCUCCACGCGGGGCUGGUUCCUGGCCCGGGCCCGGGCCCUGCAGCUCACGGCACAAAUCCUGGAGCUGCCCCCGGCGCGGCUCCCGGCACCGCUCCGGGAACGGAUCCGCCAGAACGGCUGGAGCAGCCCCAAGGUGGCUCUGCUGGAGGCGCAGAAGCUGCUCCGGAGCGUCCUCGUCUUCCUCAUGGGCAGCGACAUCCUGGGGAGCGCCCGGAGCCUCCCGCCCGAGGAGCCCGGCCCCGACUCCGGCUCUGCGCUGUUGCACAAGUGGCAGGCGCUGGGGGAGGCCCUGAGCUGCUGCCGGCGCCUGGUGACGCUGCUGGGCCACGGCGAGCUGGGCUGCAGGGCCAGAGCCUUCUGCGGGGAGGGGCUGGGGCUGGCCGGACACCUGCAGGCCUCCCGAUGGUGCGUGUCGUUCCUGGUGCUGCAGUCCCAGCUGGAGCUGCAGCAGGGGGAGCUGGAGCUGAGCCAGUCCCACCUCCAGCACGCCCAGUUCCUGCUCCAGCCCCAAACUGAAUCCAAACCCCUGUGGGAUCCUCGGCGCCGAGCCAAGAUCCAGCUCCGGAAGGGUCUCCCGGAGAGGAGAAAACCCCGGGAUCCACUGGAUCCCGAUCCCAAUCCCACCAAAGAAGAGGACGAGGAAUUCCUCAAGGGUCCAUCCUUGGAUCUGGUGGCUCCGGCCGCUCUCCCGGAGCAGCCGGACGCUCUCACGGCCUCUCCGGAGCUGAGAGCCGGGAAAGGGAAAAGCCUGGAAUUCCUGUCCCAUCCCUCGGGAUGCGGCUGCUCCUUCUGCUCCGACCCGGCGCUGCUGGAGCUGGGGCUGCGCUGGCUCCUGGCGCGGGCUCGGCACCGCAUCCUGGCCGGGAACGCCGCCCCCGGAGCCGCCCUGGCGCGGAAAGUGCUGGAACGCUGCGGGAGCGCCGGGAAACGGCUGGAGUGGGAGCUGGGGAGGGCUGGGAUCGCGGGGAACGGCGGGAAUGACGAUGGGAACGGCGGGAAUAACGAUGGGAACGGCGGGAAUAACGCAGGGAACGGCGGGAAUAACGCGGGGAACGGCGGGAAUAACGAUGGGAACGGCGGGAAUAACGAUGGGAACGGCGGGAAUAAUGCGGGGAACGGCGGGAAUAACGCGGGGAAUGGCGGGAAUAACGCGGGGAACGGCGGGAGUAACGAUGGGAACGGCGGGAAUAACGAUGGGAACGGCGGGAAUAACGCGGGGAACGGCGGGAAUGACGCGGGGAACGGCGGGAAUAACGAUGGGAACGGCGGGAAUAACGCGGGGAACGGCGGGAAUGACGAUGGGAACGGCGGGAAUAACGAUGGGAACGGCGGGAAUAACGCAGGGAACGGCGGGAAUGACGAUCCCCCUGGGGAUGGGAACAGCUUUGGGAUCAGGGAUCCCCCUGGGGAUGGGAAGAGUUUUGGGAUCAGGAACCUGCAGGAUCCCCCUGGGAAUGGGAACACCUUUGGGAUCAGGAACACCUCUGGGAUCAGGGACCCCCCUGGGAAUGGGAACAGCUUUGGGAUCAGGAACCUGCAGGAUCCCUCUGGCAAUGGGAACACCUUUGGGAUCAGGGACACCUUUGGGAUCGAGGACCCGCAGGAUCCCUCUGGGAAUGGGAACACCUUUGGGAAUGGGAACACCUUUGGGAUCAGGGACACCUUUGGGAUCAGGGACCCCCCUGGGGAUGGGAAGAGUUUUGGGCUCAGGCCCCCCCUGGGCCCGCUGGCCGAGCUGGUGGCCGCCGGCUACUCCACGCUGGCCCUGCGGGGCCUGCCGGGCCCAUCCCACCCGGAUCCCGUUUGGGAUGAGGAGCUGGAGCGGGGUCUGACCCUCCUGGCGUCCCAAAGCGCCCCCGUGGCCGGGCUGGCCGCGGCCGUGGCCACUCUGCUGCUGGCCAAAGCCUUGGCCAUCCUCGGCCGCGUGGCCACCGCCCUCGGCCGCUCCACCAAACCCCCCAAAGGCAAGGUGGGGAAGACCCCGAAAGCGAAGCCCCCCGGGUUUGGGGAGGUUUUCUCGCUGGGGGAUUCGGACAGCGAGGUUCCCCCCCUUGUCCUGCGGCCGGGGGGACCCUGCACCCCCCACCCCAAAUCGGGGGCGCCCCCAAAAACGCUGCUGGGGGGGCCCAGGACCCCCUUCAGCAUCUUCAGCGAGGAGCCCUCCCCCAGCGGGGGCCGCUCCCGGCUCCGCAGGGCCCCCAAAAUCCCGGGAAGGGUCAAGUCCCGCAUCAGGGUGACAUUCAGUGACAGCGACCCCGAGGAGCCCCAAAUCCCCCCGGAUCCCCCCAAAACCACCCGGAAAAAUUCCUGUGCCCGGAGGGUCCGGCCCCAAAAAUCCCCCGGGAAUUCCCCGGGAAUUGAGGCUCGGCCCCGACGGGGGCGGCCCCGGAAGGAGCCUGGGACCCCCAAAAAGAGGGAAAAAAGGGGGAUCGACCAGGUGGAAAAUGGAAAGAAGAGCUGGGAAUUUUCUGGGAUCGAGGAACGGGAUCCCCUGAGGGCCGUGGAGGAGGAGGAGGAGGAGGAGGAGGAGGAAGAGCUGAGCUUCGAGCUCCCCCCGCUGCCCCCAGGUGGGGCCAGCAAGGAAAUUCCAGGGAUUGGGGAUCAGGGGGAUCCCCCAAAUCCAGAGGGAUCCAACCCCUCUGUCCCGCCCGGUGUCCCCUGUCUGGCCGCUGUCCCCUCUCUGGCCGCUGUCCGCUGUCUGCUGGCCGAGGCUCUGGCGUGGGUCGGUCACUUCCCCCCGGGCUCUCUCUAUGCCCAGCUGUGCCAGCUGCUGGCGCUGGCCCUUGGGGACAGUGACCCUGUGGCCACCGCGGGGCUGCUGGCCGAGUCCCUGGCGGUCACCGCCCGCCACCAGCUGCUGGCCAUCGUCCACUCCAGGGCUCGUGCCACAAGUGUCCCCUGUCUGGCCGCUGUCCCCUCUCUGGCCGCUGUCCGCUGUCUGCUGGCCGAGGCUCUGGCGUGGGUCGGUCACUUCCCCCCGGGCUCUCUCUAUGCCCAGCUGUGCCAGCUGCUGGCGCUGGCCCUUGGGGACAGUGACCCUGUGGCCACCGCGGGGCUGCUGGCCGAGUCCCUGGCGGUCACCGCCCGCCACCAGCUGCUGGCCAUCGUCCACUCCAGGGCUCGGAAGCAGCGGAAAGCAGCGGCCGCCGGAGGCGACGUCUCGGAUCAGCUCCGGGGCCUCUCCCUCUCCACGGGGUUGGGGCCGGCGGAGCGGGAGCGGUUCCGGGAGCAGCUCCGGAAGAUUCCCAGCGGUCAGUUCCUCGGGAAAUCCCGAAUUCCCGGUGUCACGGUGUGCCAGCUGUCCCUGGCCGGUGCCGGCCCCGCGGCCGCGCUGGUGCUGACGCGGCUGGAGCGCGGCGCCGAGCCCCUGAGCGUCCGGAUCCCCACCCAGCGCGGCCAGGCGCCCCUGGCUGAUCUUUUCCGGGAGCUGGAGCGGAUCCAGCGGGAGCAGCGCGAGGCCAACGGCUGCACGGAGCGCCGGGAAUGGUGGGAGCGGCGAUCCCGCCUGGACCUGCGCAUGCAGAGCCUGAUCCAGAGCCUGGAUUCGGAGGUUUUGGGAUGCUGGAGGGGGCUGCUGCUGCCCCGGGAUCCCGGGAAUUGCCCCCUGGACGAGCAGGAAUUGUCCCGGCUGCUCCAGGAACUCCGGGAAUGCGGCUGGUGGGGUUCCGAUCCCGGAUUUGUCCCGCAGGUGCUGCUGGCGGUGCUGUGUCCGGCCGAUGUCCGGGGGCUGGCGCAGGCGCUGUGUCCGGCGCGGCCGCUCCGGGCGCGGCUGCUGCUGGACGAGGCCCUGGAGCGGCGCCGGGAGGGGCCCGGGGGCAGCGCGGGGUCCCUGGUGCUGCUGCUGGACAGGCACCUGCAGCGCCUCCCCUGGGAGAGCUCCGGAACCCUCCGGAACGUUCCGGUGACGCGGCUGCCGGGGCUGCGCUUCCUGCUGCGCUACGGGCUGGGCCCGCAGGGCCCGGUGCUGCAGCGGGGGGUGAACCCCAGGAGCGCCUUCUACGUCCUGAACCCACAGCGCGACCUGGGCGGCACCGAGGAGCGAUUCCGUGCCUGGUUUGAGAGCGAGCCGGGCUGGCGCGGGGUGUCGGGGGCGGCUCCGACCCCACAGCAGCUGCAGGAGGCGCUGGGGGAGCGCGACCUCUACAUCUACGCCGGGCACGGUGCGGGCGCGCGGCUCCUGGACGGGCAGAGCCUGGCGCGGCUGCGCUGCCGGGCCGUGGCGCUGCUCUUCGGCUGCUCCAGCGCCGCGCUGACCCCGCGGGGGCAGCUGGAGCCCACCGGGACCGUCCUCAAAUACGUCCUGGCCGGCUGCCCCCUGGUGCUGGGGAACCUUUGGGAUGUCACGGAUCGGGACCUGGACCGUUUGGCGCAGGCUCUGCUGCGGGGCUGGCUGGGGGGGGGUCCCGGGACCCCCCUGCUGGCCCAGCUGGCCCAGGCCCGCCAAGCCCCCAGACUCAAAUCCCUCAUCGGGGCCGCCCCCGUGGCCUACGGGCUCCCGGUCAGCCUCUGCUGAGGGGGGGGCUGUGCUUCGGGGGGGCCCUUGGGCACUUUUGGGGUCCCCCCAUUACCUGGAGUGAAGUUUUGGGGUCCCUUUGUCCCCCCCAUUGCCUGGAGUGAAGUUUUGGGGUCCCCUUUGUCAUUUUUGGGGUCCCCCCAUUGCCUGGAGUGAAGUUUUGGGGUCCCCUGGUUGAUUUUAGGGUCCCUCCAUUGCCUGGAGUGAAGUUUUGGGGUCCCUUUGUCAUUUUUGGGGUCCCCCCCAUUGCCUGGAGUGAGGUUUUGGGGUCCCUGGUUGAUUUUAGGGUCCCCCCACUGCCCACAGACUCCACUGGGGUACAGAUUUGGGGUCCCCCCGUUGCCUGGAGUGAAUUUUGGACCCCAGCUGUUUUUGGGGUCCCCCCAUUACUUACAGGGGGGAAUUGGGGGAUCCCCCCCCAUUGCCCGGGGGAGGUUUUGGGGUCUCCCCAUCACUUUUGGGAUCCACUUGUGGCCUUUGGGGUCCCUCCUUUGUUACUUUUGGGGUCCCCCCGUUACCUCUGGUGACGAUUUUGGGGCUCCCCAUCCCCUCAGGGAUUUUUGGGGUGUCUGAAAGGGGGGGGAGGAGGGCUGGGACCACCGAAAUUUUAACGAAAUUUUA